UUGACAGAAUGUCUGGACAUGGCAAGAGGAAGGCAAAGCCCUGGUCUUCAAGAUCCCAGUCAAAGAGGGCUGGUUUGCAAUUCCCCGUGAGCCGUGUCCACCGGUAUCUGAAGAAGGGGCACUAUGCCAUGAGAAUAAGCCCCAGUGCUGCAGUCUACCUGGCCUCUGUGCUACAGUACCUGAGUGCCGAAGUGCUGGAAGCAGCAGGGUACGUGACCCAGGCAAAGGGGUACCACCGCAUCAUACCAAGGCACAUCCUUUUGGGCAUUAAGUGUGACGACGAACUGCAUAAACUGUUCAACCAUGUGACUAUUCCACAAGGAGGUGUCCCACCCAGAAUUGAGAAGCCGCUUCUGACCAAGAAAACCAACAAAAAGUCUGCACAUAGAAAGACAGCUGCCCCCUGCUAGCUCCUCUCCAACUGCAGCUGAGCCUUGAAAUGAGGGGUGGGGUCUGGCUCACUGAGAGUGGAUUUCUGUGCUACAGGCUUCACUUAGUGCACUUGGUUUGUGUGUUGCUGCUAAAGAAUAUUUAUUCAGAUUGGUGGUUUGUAUAAUCUUUGGUGUAUGAACUACAGGUUUAUUAGACUAUCUGGCUCUUGUGAUUGCUAUUUAUGCAGUAGAUGGUAAUAAAGAA